GAAGACAGCCGCGUUUUAUUUUCCAUCUCAUGUAGAUUGGAUUCAGACUUAACUUGCACCGUGAUUUAGCGCUUUCUCUGCCUGCAUCAUCGAGGAACAUGGCUGAAGAUGGACAGAUGUCUGAACAGGAGAAGCAGCUGCGUGACUGCUUUGGCAAGUUCGAUGUGAAUGGCGACGGCAAGAUUCAGGCUGAUGAGUUCAAACGUCUCAUGUCCAGCCUUGGCGGUUUCAGCUCCAAGGAAAUCAGGCGGCUCUUCAAAGAAGCUGACUCAGAUGGCUCUGGCAGUGUGGACUGGCGCGAGUUUCUAUCUUGGAUCAUCAACGGCACAGCUUUGAAAGGAAUGGGAGCCAAAGGUGCUGCCUCCUUCGAGCGGCUGCUCAACGCCGAAACGCAGGAUGAAGCUAGCUAUGUCGAAUCCGCGCAAGUUGGGCACAGCGUGACGGAGUACCUGAAGAAGUCAGGCUCAAAGGACCGAAGGAGGCCGCGAGCGGGGAGAAAGGCAGCUGCCAAGGGUGGCUGCGAUGAAUUUGGAGUUCCUGAAGAUUACGUUGGACACAGGAUCGAGUGGCCAAUGACACUUCCGGGCGCACAAGCUUUGCUUGAUCACUUCCUCUUGAACGGGGCCAACAGUCCCCUUCAUCAGAAGCACGUCAUGCUUAUCCUUGACCAGUUCGUGGAAGCAUACAAGACUCGGCACCCCAAGCCCGUUGUGAAUACAGAAGUUCCGCAGCCAGACGGGAGGCUUAUAAUUGUUGGCGACACGCACGGGCAGCUGGCUGAUGUACUUCACAUUCUCUACCACCUGGGCCCUCCCAAUGCCAAAAACAGGUAUCUCUUCAAUGGUGACAUGGUCGACCGUGGAAGUCAGGGGGUGGAGAUUCUGCUCAUCAUCUUCUCGUUUUUCCUGGCGGAUCCAGAGUCGAUCAUCAUCCACCGUGGCAACCACGAGAACGAGGACAUGAAUGCUCUUCAUGCUGACAACGGGGGCGGCUUUGAGGAUGAGGUGAUGGAGAAGUAUGGUUUGUCUGUGUAUCGCAACUUCAUCAAUGCCUUCAAGGCCCUGUCGCUGGCCUCUGUCAUUAACAAGGAGAUCUUUGUUGUUCAUGGCGGCCUGACGAGAGUCAAGAACCUGACGAUCGACUACAUCAACACCCUGCCUUUCCAGGAGUACACGGCGCCGCAUCCCAUGUCAACCAACGUCAAGGAACAGCUGUUCUCAGAUUUGCUUUGGAGUGACCCCACAGAGCACGAGGGCAAGUACAAGUCUGACCGUGGCGUGGGAAUCAAGUAUGGUCCUGAUGUCACCACAAAGUUCUGCAGCCAGAAUCGACUCAGGUUCCUUGUGCGCAGUCAUCAAGUGCCCGAGGAUGGGCGCGGAUUUCAGAAGCAGCACAAUGAUCGCUGUGUCACCGUCUUCAGCGCCAGCAACUACUGUGGUGAUGGAGGGAACUUCGGUGCGGUGAUUGUGCUCUCGGCUGCCAAUUUCCCUCGGUAUGAAGUCUUUGAGCACUUUGCUGCCCCGCUGGAAGAGAUGCCGGCGAUUGUUGCGCAAGGCGAUGCCACGGACUGGAAUCAGAUGUCAACAUCCCAGCAGAAAGGCAGCGCGGAGGCCUCAAGGGCUGCGCGCCAGGAGAAGACCUUCGCGCGAAUGAUCAUAUCCAUCAUCGAGAAGAAACCGCAAUUGUGGGCGCAUGUCAUCAAGAGCUCACUAGGGCAGAAGCUUCCUGCGGACGACUUUGCGAGAAUGAUGGAGCAGCAAACUGAAAGUGACCAUCCAUGGUCUGAGGCGUUGCACGCUUGGGGAGUCGUGGACCCUGAUGGCAACAUAGAGGUCACCAAGUUCCUCAACAGAUGGGUCGUCAAAAGCGAGUCUGCUGGAUACUCGUCGUUCGUCAACGAUGCCAUCAAGCAGGUCUACGAGGCCAUCGUAGCCCUGGAUAUGGACUUGACAGAGACAUUCAAGAUGUUCGACAGAGAUGGCGACGGAACAGUGGACCUCAAUGAGGCAAAGUAUGUCCUUGAGAAGUUUGACUUGGGUUUGUCGUCAAGCCAGAUUGAUCGGCUUUUGGGCCAGCUUUUCUCCACAUCAGUGAUCACAACUGCUGAUACUGCCCGCAUGUCGAUCCAGGACUUCUUGGGGCACUUCACCAUGGUGUAUUCUUCAACGAACAACGCUGAUCUGCCCAAAUGGGUUCUAGAUGUGCUGGGCCAGAUCGGGCGCUUGAUCGUCAAAGUGAAAGCCCCAGGCGCAACGGAUGAAUCUCAAGACAGCACAAAGAUGUCGCAACUCUUCCAAGAGAUUGACACCUCUGGCGACGGAGUCCUGCAGCUGGAUGAGUUUGUGACAGGCAUCGAGAAGUUGCCUGGUCUGGACAAGCUCAUGGUUGACGGUUCACCGCUGUCGCAUUCCAAGCUGGUGGACAUUUCCAAAAUCCUGGACGUGACACACGAUGGGACUCUCAACUACCUGGAGUUUCAACAGGCUUUUCAGCUGAAGGGACAGGGCACGACGGACUUGGAGAACAGUCUUGUCGAAGAUCUUACCACGCUUCUUUUCCGCUACAGAGUUCAUGUACGAACCGGCUGCCAAUUCCUGGAUGAAGCUGACAGUUGCAAAGUACUGACUGAGGACUUUGAGAAUGUGCUGCGUGGUGUGAACAAUGCACUGCAUUCGAACGAGCAGGGGAUUUCGGAAUCGCAGAUCAAGCAUUUGUCUUCGGCGCUUGCAGUGGAGGACGAGGAAGGAAAGAUCAUAUCCUACGAUGAGUUCUUGAGGUCCUUCGUCAUUGUGGACACUGAGAAUGGCAGUGUGAUCAAAUCCUUUCGAGGGUGAGCAAAAUGGCUCACCCUUGAUUGUGAUUAGACAUGCCUUACAUCGGCGCAAGAGCUAUUCACUCUUAGUCUAUUCCCCA